ACCUCUUUUUUGUGUGUUUACAGUCUGAUGUAUUUUAUCCUAAAAAAAAGUUUGCACAUGGAAUGCGACCGGUUUUUCUUAAACAAUUUUUAAUAUAAUAUAUGUUAAUAAAGUUUUGGUAUACAAUUUAUACAUUAUGAGCAUCAUUUUCAAUAUUUGCGUAAGAUUUUUUUAAAAGGUAAAAUAAAAAAUUUCCUCUAAAGAAGACUGGGAAAAAAAAAAAAUAUUAUUUCAAAAUGAGAUUGGUGAAACCAAGUUGGGUUUCUCACGAUGAUAAUCCGAUAUUUUCGAUCGAUAUUCAUCCGGAUGGAAAAAGAUUCGCCACCGGCGGACAAGGUGCUGAUUCAGGACGUGUUGUAAUAUGGAAUAUGGAACCAGUAAAGGAUGAAGCUGCCGAAUUAAAUCAAAAUAUUCCGAAAAUGUUGUGCCAAAUAGACAAUCACCUUGCUUGCGUAAAUUGUGUACGAUGGAGUAGUGAAGGCCUCUUGGCAUCGGGUGGUGAUGACAAGCUUAUAAUGAUUUGGAGAUUGUCAGGCGCAAAUAUCGGCGGAAGUUCCAUAUUUGGUGGAAAAGCAGGCGUUGAAACAUGGCGUUGUAUCGCAACAUUAAGAGCGCACGAGGGUGAUAUUUUAGAUAUUGCUUGGGCACCACACAAUCCAUGGCUUGCGUCUGCAUCAGUUGACAAUAGUAUUAUCAUUUGGGAUGCUACAAAAUUUCCAUCAAUUAUUGCCGUUCUUAAAGGACACACGGGUCUUGUUAAGGGCGUCACAUGGGAUCCAGUUGGUAAAUACAUUGCCUCACAAUCAGACGAUAAGACACUACGUGUUUGGCGUACAACUGAUUGGGGUGAGGCGACAUUAAUAUCGGAACCAUUUGAUGAAUGCGGUGGUACAACACACGUUCUACGACUCUCAUGGAGUCCAGAUGGACAAUAUUUAGUUUCUGCACAUGCAAUGAACGGCGGUGGACCAACGGCGCAAAUUAUUGAAAGAGAUGGAUGGACGACGGAUAAGGAUUUUGUUGGACAUCGAAAAGCCGUUACUUGCGUUAGAUUCAAUAGUAAAAUUCUACAAACAAAACAACCGGGUUCUUCGAAACCAACGCAGUAUUGUUGUGUGGCAAUGGGAUCGAGGGAUCGUUCACUUUCCGUUUGGUUGACGUAUUUGAAAAGACCUUUGGUUGCUAUUCACGAGUUGUUUAAGGAUUCGGUUCUUGACGCUAGUUGGUCACCGUGUGGAAUGCGUUUGGCCGCAUGUUCCUGGGAUGGUUCUGUUGUUUUUAUUGAAUUCUCCGAAAAAGAAAUUGGACAACCUUUAGAUCAUGUUGAACAAAGUAAAGUUCAUGAACGUAUGUAUGGAAAACCUUUGAUCCAAGGAGGAAGUGGUUGCACAGUAAUGGAAUCGGCAGAAUUGUUGAAUGUAAAACCUCCAACUCCAAAGAAUCAGACACAAUCGCCAAAAAUGACAAAUUCCGUACAGACUGUAACGUCAUCAACGCCAGUCAAGGCACCUAUUAAUAAACAAAUUGAAACGCGAACUUCAGAUGGAAGAAGAAGAAUUACUCCAAUGUUUAUUCCUCCUCCAGCUGACACAAUGGAUAUCACGACUGGAAUUGGAGUUAGCGCUCCAACAUUCUCGAGUACUUCACAAACGAAGAGUUCAAUAAUAAUUGAAAAACGAGACGAUAUUGUCACUCCAAAUGUUAGUACAACUGUGAAUAUAACAACGAAUGCAUCGGCGCCAACAUUAACUUUAAAACGUCGUGAACAAUCAACACCAAAACCACAUCAUCAUUCGAGUCCACAUAAAAAAAUGAAAUUUGCCUCCGAAAGAAGUGGAUCGCAAAUAUUUUUACCAGCAUUAAAAGCAGCGAGUUCUAUUUCUCAACAAGCUGGUCAUUAUGCUGUUACUGUAACAAAUAGUCAGGGAUUAGCUAAUUUACAAGUGUUUCGCGGUACUGAUUCUGAACCAUUGUGGAAUCUUUAUUUAGGUUAUAAUGCCGUUGCACUAUCAGCAUCACCUUCUAUUAUUGCAUUGGGUCUAAUUGAUGGAAGUGUUCAUACUUUUCAUCCAGCUAAAGGAACUCGUCCUGUUCCACCAUUGGCACCACCUGCGCCAUUAGCACGACUUCAUGCCGUUGGCAAUGCAGUAAUGGUGAUAUCAAGUUGUGGAGCAGUUCGAGUUUGGGAAAUUGGAAAUGUCUGUCGACUUAUUGUUUCUACUUCGGCGGAACAUUUGGCAGCGCCAGGAACUUCUUUAUUGUCCUGCACAUUGUAUAAUGGAAUGCCACAUCUUGCUUUUACGAAUGCAAGAGCUUACAUUUAUCAUAAAGAAAUGGGAACGUGGAUGUUAAUUGGCGAUAAUCAAGAUCCCGUUUGGCGUUGGUCAGCUCAUAAUGCUUCAAGCACAUCUGGAAUACGUGUACCGAGAGGUCCUCUUUCUACAUUACAAGAAGGACUUCAUCGAACUGCAGGCAGCAGUCUGUCAAAUCCUCGAUUACCUCAUAGUGCUCCAUGCGUUGUUUCUUAUUUAGAACAACAAUUAUUGGCUUCAAAAGCCCUUGGAAGUGCACAGGAAUAUAUUCAUUGGCUUAUGGCUCUAGUUUCUUUUCUAUUGACUCAAGAUGGUUUGGAAAAACGUCUGAGAAUUAUUCUUGAUGACCUCAUGGGACCGAGUCAUAGUACGGCUGUCAAAAGUGUCUGGGAACCAUCAAUAUUGGGCAUAAAGAAACAUAAAUUACUAGGAGACGUUCUAGUCGUACUAGGUGGACAUCUUCGAUGGCAGAGAUUAUAUUUAGAAUACCGUGAACAAUUAACAACUAUAAAAACUGCUGCUAACGUUUAAGAGUUUAUUUUUCAUUUUUUUUUUUAUACUAAAUAUAAAAUUUUGUAUCUGUACAUUGAAAUUAGCUUAAGCUUAAUGAUUUCAAUAGUUUUUUUUUAUUUUAUUUAAUUUUUUUUUGUAAAAGAUAAUUUAAGUUGUAUUUAAAAAUGUGAUUUAUACGUGGAAAAAAAGUUUAUUGUAUAUGUAUGUACUUAUUUUUUAAGAGAAUUUAAAAGUUACUGAAUUUUUCUCAGUAAUUUCUUAUCGCUGCUUCUUAAAGAAGCCCGCUAUGUUCAGAAUAUAAAAAUGUCACAAAAGAAAGGAUGAAUGGGAAAUAUAUAUAUAUAUUUUUUUUUUUGAUAAUAAAAACAAAUUUUCUAAACGAUUGUAUUGCAUUUUACUUGUUCAUAGGAAUAUAUUAUUGUUAUAAAUUGUAGUUUUACACCACCUUUUCUAAGCUCUGUUUUGUUUUUUAUAUAAAAAUACAUAGUAAAGCACAAUGUGCAAUAAAGCGAGAAAUCUAUAAUUUUUUUUUUUUAAAGCAAAAAUUACCCGAGGCUUUCAAGCUGAAUAGUAUAACAAUUUUCUUAAAUGUGCGUUAUCAAUAUUCUUUUUAAUGAAAUAGCACCAGCGCUUUUUCAUUUCAAAUAUACUUACGUCUCCAACAUAAGUAUAAAAAAAUAACAAUAGUCAAUUCAAUCUUUUUUUUUCUUUCCAUAAUUCAUUCGAUUUGCGAGGUUACAAAAAAAUUUUCCUUACAUCACUUUUCCAUGCGUCUUUGAAAUUCAUUUGUACACAUUUAAUACACAUUCAUAAUAUACAAAAAAAAGAGACAAAAAAAAAAUCUGAAUUAAGGCUUGAUCGUUUGCGAUUGUUUUUUUUAAACUGAUUGGUCCAUUGUAUUCAAGUUAUAUAUGUACAAAUUUGUGAUUCCUGUAAAAAGUAUAUCACUGAUAUAUUUUCUUUUUCUCACUUUAAAAAUUCUCACUUCUGCAAUAUAUCUGACUAGGGGGAAGUUUCCUUUUUUCUUUUUUUUUUUUUUUU